UGGAUGGAUCUGCUCUUGUGAGAAGGCGCCAGCUAAUUGGGUCACACCAGCAUCUCACCUCCUCUCACUGUGGGAACCAUUUCCUCCUCAAGUAGGCAACCAAACUGUUGUUGCAAAUAACCUGAACCCUUGUGGCCACCCAGAGCUCUCCUGGCUUUAUGCAACUCACGCAUGACACCAACACCAACGAUUUAAAAUCCACCCCACCCACCUUGGUUUCCUCAACUUUCUAUAUUUUAAUGCCCUGAGGCUGCUUAUAAAGAGAAGACAUGGCUUAGACCCCAGAAGGAGGCAGUGGCUGCAAGUCCCCAGUGUCAGCUCUGCUUGGCCACUGCUUGAUCUCACACUCUGCUGCCCAGCGACAUGGAGGUCCCCAAGGCUGCCCUGGCUGUCCUGCUUCUCACCGCGACACUCUGUUCCCAGACCUGCUCUUCCUUUUUUGGUGCCGACACCCCCACCUCCUGCUGCUUCGUCUAUAUCUCCCGGCAGAUUCCACGCAAAUUUGUGGUCGACUAUUAUGAGACCAGCAGCCAAUGCUCCAAGCCCGGUGUCAUCUUCCAAACCAAAAGAGGCCGGGAGAUCUGUGCUGACCCCAGGGAGGCCUGGGUCCAGGAAUACAUCACCAACCUGGAGCUGAAUGCCUGAGUGGCCUAGAAGCUACAAGAAAGGUGUUACAUCUAUGUGCAGACUGGGGGGCAGUCACCUGAGCCAAGGCAAUGACCUUGGAACUCUGGAGGCACUUCUCCUAUGGGUCACACCCCCACCCCCAGCCACACGCUACAGCCCUUUUUAACUUUAAUUUUAGUUUUUGUAUCUUAUUUAACUUUUGUAAUUUAUUUCCAUUGUUGACUUGUGUGAUGUAAUAAAUAUUUCUGCUGACAUCUCACAACAUCCUCUCCACCUCCCCACGACCCUCCCUUUUCUGUUCUCACACUCAAUAUGUGGAUCAGUCAGCAGGAUUGGCACUGUCUUGUAGCUGUUGUAUCAUAUAUAUCAAACAACAAAUGUUUACGGAGUGGUUUUGCCCAGCACGGCUCUUCAAAAUAUUGAAGGUCCUUACAUAAAAGGUAAACCAGCA